AUGCCUCUCCAACUCGACCCCGAAUUUGCCGAAGUCGCAGGUCCCGUCCUGCAGCAGCUUGGCCAACUGCCCAAACCGGCCGUCCACGAUGUCGCGGCCAGAAGAAACAUGAUGGCGGCUAUUACCAAGAACGCCCCGAAGACAGUCCUCCCGGAUGAUAUGGAGCACCUCGUCCACUACGCCCCGACCCCGUCGGGCGAUUUCAAAGUCCCCAUCCACCACUACCGCAAGAAGCGCGGGCCGGACGUGGACGUGAAAGCGCCCGCCGUGGUGCACACGCACGGAGGCGGGUUCAUUUCGCUAUCGGCCGAGGAAAUGGAGGGCAUGCUGGUUGGGUACGCCGCCGGGUCUGGGGUGCAAAUCCUGAGCAUCGACUAUCGGCUAGCCCCGGAACACCCGUAUCCGAUUCCGAUCGAAGACAGCUGGACUGCUCUGCAGUGGGUAUACGCACACGCGGAGGAGCUGUCGAUCGAUGCCCAUCGCAUAGCCGUUAUGGGCGAGAGUGCCGGGGCUGGGUUGGCGGCGGGUCUGGCCUUGAUGGCGCGCGACCGGGGGCUCGCGCCGCCCCUCGCUAAGCAGAUCCUCGUGUAUCCCAUGCUUGAUGACCGGCCGGCGGCCAUGGACCAUGCGGGGGAUAUGGCCUUCUGGACACCACAAGACAACGUCACGGGCUGGACGGCGUAUCUGGGGAAGGAUGUGGGGACGGAGCGGGUUGCGCAGUAUGCGGCGCCGGCGAGGGCGGAAUCUAUAGAAGGCUUGCCACCUGUGUAUAUGGACUGUGGACAGCUGGAUAUUUUUGUGCAGGAGGAUACGGAGUAUGCGCUGCGGUUUGUGAAGGCGGGCAUCCCCGUCGAGUUUCAUCUGUAUCCCGGGCUGCCGCAUGGGUUUGAGGGGUUAGCGCCCUUGGCGAGCUUCUCAAGGAGGGCCAUGGAGAAUCGCUUCAGAGCGAUUAGGGAACUCUGA